GGUCCUUCAUAUUGGCGCAAGGCUCACGUGUUCUCUCACAGGAGGAAUAGGAGAGCUUCCAGCGUUUGGGGAAGCCCUUAGGUCAGUCAUGGGGGAUGAAAAUUUAAUUCUUAAUAUCACUCAGGCUCCUGUUCCCAAUUCCUUCCAGAGGGGUAACAACAAGUCCCACAAACACCCAGGGAAGUGGCAGCCGAAAUCUAAAGCUGUAAAGAGAAAAUGUCAAGAGCCCAGUGAGGAGCCCUCCCCGAAGCGCCGGCUCCCACCACCUCACCAGAAAAAGCAGCGCAAUGCCGUGGAUGAAAAGCCCUAUAAGAAACAUGAAGCCCCUUCUGAGAAGAUCCUUGAUGGAAAGAAGGAGGAGAAUCCAAAAGGACGACCCGCCGUAAAGACCUCUUCCCUCUUCAAGAACAACCCCGAGGUUCCAGACAUCGACAGACCUGCAGUGAAGCAGUUAAAGGAAAAGGUGUUUUCUGCUGACUCCUUCUCUGAUCUGGACCUUCACCCUCACCUGGUUGCAACUAUAAAGACAGUUAUGAAUAUGCCAAAUAUGACAAGUGUUCAGAAACUGACCAUCCCAGCCCUCCUUGCAGGCAGAGAUGUCCUGGUACGAUCACAGACGGGAUCUGGGAAAACAAUGGCCUAUGGGGUUCCACUUGUUCAGGCGCUUCAAGGGGUGACUCCCAAGAUCCAGCGCAGUGACGGCCCAUAUGCCCUCGUGUUAGUACCCACUAGAGAGCUUGCUCUGCAAAGUUUCAACACUAUCCAGAAGCUGCUCAAGCCCUUCACCUGGAUUGUGCCGGGAGUUCUUAUGGGAGGAGAGAAGAGGAAGUCGGAAAAGGCCAGGCUCCGUAAGGGAAUCAACAUUCUCAUAUCCACGCCGGGCAGGCUGCUUGACCACAUCAAGUCCACCAAAAGCAUUCACUUUACGCGGGCCCGCUGGCUGAUUGUGGAUGAAGCUGAUAGGAUUCUGGAUAUGGGCUUUGAAAAGGAUGUCACGGCUAUAUUAAAUGCAUUGAACAGCCAGUGCCAGCACAGACAAAAUGUCUUGCUCUCUGCCACCCUCAGCCCAGGAGUCACCAGAUUGGCUGAUAUCAGCUUAAAUGAUCCUUUCAAUGUGACCAUUGCAGAAGAUAAUAGCAGGGAAGCCAAACAUGGCGGGAAAGCUAAAGAGGACAAGAAAGAUUCAGAAUCCUCCUGCUUUGCUAUGCCAGAGAAGCUCCACCAGCAUGCGGUGGUGGCCCCCAGCAAGCUUAAAUUGGUCACAUUGGCUACCUUUAUACUGGGGAAAUGGAAGUGUGAGAGGAAAGCGAAGAUGAUUGUGUUCUUUCCGAGCUGUGAAUUGGUUGAAUUCUACCACACUCUGCUCAGCAAAGUCCUCACUGUUGGAGACUCUGCAAUGGGUUCCGACGACUUCCUGCGCCUUCACGGAAACAUGGAGCAGGAGGAAAGGACAGAGGUUUUCCAACAGUUCACCAAUUGCCAGGCUGGCAUUCUCCUGUGUACGGAUGUAGCAGCAAGAGGGUUGGACCUUCCUCAGGUCACAUGGAUAGUGCAGUACGGCGCUCCAGCCUCAGCUGCAGAAUACAUUCACCGCGUGGGUCGCACGGCAAGGCUCGGUGCUCAGGGAAGUAGCCUGCUCAUUCUCAUACCAUCUGAAGCUGCAUACCUACAGACCCUGGCAGAGCAUAAGAUCAGUGUCUCAGAAAUGAAGAUGGAGGAUAUUUUAUCCAACCUUCUCAUGGAAGAUUUCCUAAAAAUCAAGCGCGCAGGAGGCAAGAAAUCAGAUGUUGCCGACCCCCAGACUGUAAGGGAACGAGCUACAGUCUUGCAGACCAAGUUCGAAGACUAUGUUCAUGCCAGCGCAGAUACGGCUCUGUGGGCAAAGAAAGCACUGCAGUCUUACAUCCGGUCAUAUGCCACCUACCCGAAAAACCUUAAACACAUCUUCCACAUCCGCUCCCUGCACCUGGGACAUGUGGCUAAGAGUUUCGGCCUGCGAGACGCCCCCCACAACCUCAGCCGACAAUUAUCAGGGAGCCUCAAUAAGCAAAGCAAAGGCAAACAGAAGAGGUUCUGUCUUCCUGCACGGAUACCAACCAUUCAGCUCUUGCACCCGACCAUAGAAAUCCAUGCUACAUCACCAGAACGUGAGGCUUUUGCUUCUGUCGCCUGCUGAGAAUUCUCACUCACAACUGGAUCAAUAAAUUCUGAUGUGGGAACAAUGGCUACAAGUGGUGGAAUGUGCUUUGUGCUGAAGAACAAGGGGUAGGAAUUGGGGGGUGCCCCUGCCAGCAUCUGUCGUCUGCAAUGCACCAAGCGCCAACUGCUGAGACCAUACCCAGUGCUGCCAGGCUCCGGCUCCUUGUAAGAAUAAUGAACAUGACUGGGCAGCAUGACACUAAUGAGGGAAUAAGAGGGCACCGAUGUUGGCAACAACCCAGACUUCCAUUAUCCUAUUAAGUGGUGGUGCUCUCUCAGCUGAUGCUGUAAAUGCCCAAUCCCUGGAGACCUCUGAGAGCUACGCCAUCAGAAUUGUGGGCACUGAAGGCUUUCUGGUGCAUCUCUGGGGUCUGGAAUGUGUCAAGUGUACCUUCUGGAAGCGUGGCAGGUGCCAAAGAGGAGCCGGGUAUCCGGGAGGCUGAUACCUGCGCAGCAGCGACGUCCGUGUGCUCUGCACUUUGCUUUAUUUGAUCUGCGGAAGAUUCAGCUUGUGGUUAUUAAAUUGCACAUUUCUAGCCUUGAUGACUGAUGCCCCCACAAUGUCACGGCCCUGGGAGCCCAAGAAGACUCAUUUUGGGCCACUCCAACUGGUGCAGGUGAUUGGGGGCACAAGCCAACGUACCCCAUGUUUGUGCGCCCCUGUGUUCUGCUGCCAACCCCUCUAAUAGGCGCAGGGCGCUGGUAUCCUUGUUCCACGAGAUCCCCAAUGGGAGCGGACGGCCUGGAACCGAAGAAGAAGAAGAAGAUUAUUAUUCCAUGGAAACAGAGACAGUCGGCACCGGAAACAGUCAUCUUGUAAGUUUUGCAGUUCUAUAA